GUUAUAGGGAACCAGCUGCAUUCUUUUGUCGUGAAAACAGGCCUUGAUCGAAAUGUAUUCUCAGGAAGUGCACUGGUAGACAUGUAUGCUAAGUGUGGUAGCUUAAGUGAUGCUCAUUUGGCAUUCAAGUCGAUAGCCGAGCCUAAUACUGUCUCAUGGAAUACCAUUAUAUCAGGCUAUGCUAAAGAAGGUGAUGCCAGUACUGCUUAUUUGCUCUUUUGUCAGAUGGAGAGGGAAGGUUUGAAACCUGAUGAAUCUUCAUUUGCUAGCUUGUUACCUUUGCUUAAUGAUCGUUCAUGUUACAAGGUGAUGGUUCAAGUGCAUGCUAAGAUAAUUAAGUUUGGUUGGGUGGUUGAUGCCAUUGUGUACAAUGCAGCUAUCACAGCUUACUCUGAAUGUCAGUCUAUUAUAGACUCAAAGAAGGUAUUUGAGGACAUGGUGGGCAUUAGAGACUUGGUAACUUGGAAUUCUAUGCUUGCGGCUUAUGCUGACCAUGGCUUCAUGGGAGAUGCAGUUAAGCUGUUUAUGAGAAUGCAAGAUGUUGGGAUUGCUCUUGAUAUCUAUACUUUUACUAGUGUGAUAAGUGCUUGCUUUGAGUGUGGACAGAUCAGCCAAGGAAGGAUAUUACAUGCAUUAGUUGUUAAAAGUGGUAUGGAAGGGGCACCCUCAAUUUCUAAUGCUCUCAUAGGUAUGUACAUCAGGUCCAAUGACAUUUGUAAUGUGGAGGAUGCAGUGAAGUGCUUCAAUUCAAUUGAGUUCAGAGAUGCUGUUUCAUGGAAUUCUAUAUUAACUGGAUUCUCACAAAAUGGGUUCAGUGAGGAUGCAUUGAAGUUCUUUUGCCACAUGCAAGCUGUAAGUGUUAGGAUUGAUCACUAUGCAUUCUCCGCUACUCUUCGUUCUUGCUCAGAUUUGGCAGUCCUUCAGUUCGGUCAGCAAGUUCAUGGUCUAGUCCUGAAAUCAGGUUUCGGUUCAAAUGACUUUGUAUCUAGUUCAUUGAUAUACUUGUAUUCUAAAUGUGGGAUCAUUGUUGAUGCCAAAAAGUCUUUUGAUGAGAGUUGUAAAGAUAGCUCAGUGAUUUGGAAUUCAAUAAUUUUUGGGUACGCGCAACAUGGACUAGGUGAGAUUGCUCUAGAUCUCUUCCAUAAAAUGCAAGAACUUGGUGUAAAAGCAGAUCACAUAACAUUUGUAGGCCUUCUCUCUGCAUGCAGUCAUAGUGGUUUAGUCAAAGAAGGCUCCAAAAUUUUAAAAUCUAUUCAGCCAACCUAUGGGAUUCCAUUGCGAAUGGAGCACUAUGCAUGUGGAGUUGAUCUAUUUGGUAGAGCUGGAAAUCUUACAGAAGCUAAAGAUCUUAUUGAAUCAAUGCCCUUUGAACCAGAUUCCAUGGUUUGGAUGACUCUCUUGGGUGCAUGUAGAAUACAUGGAAAUAUGGAUUUGGCUAGCCAUAUU